AUGCCAUCACUCCUGAAACAACGCCCGCCCCCUCUUCACAGGCAGUACCCCUACUUCAAGGAGCAGGACACUCACAACCCCAUGGGCAUAUUGGUGCCGGCCCCGGACGCACCAGAGGACCCCAGCCGCUGGCUCUCGCCUGAGCUGCCUGAGUGGUGCAUGGAGAAGUACCGCUUCUACCUGGACCUGCCCGGUGACUUUUGGGAGGGCGGCCAGCUCAUGAGGUACCUGCGGGAGAGGGAGGUCCCUGUCGUGUGGGACCAGGAGUCCAAGGCAUACGUGAUGCCCUGGAGCGGGUUCACCCGGCUGGGGGAGGUCAGGACGGAGCUGCAGGUCAUGGACCCGGGGGAAAAUUGGGCGUUCCUGUCGUGGCUGCUGGACGACAGGAAGCUCCGCUUCUUUGAGCAGGCAGCGGCCUUUGCGCUUUUCGUCAGGGGCUGCUCCAUAGCCAUCAACAUCAUCAGCUCCACCAAAUUCGUGAAGUUCAUUGCCAAGAAGCGCGCCAAAAAGAACCGCAAGCAGAACAUGUGGGAGCGGCUCACCAAGGCCCCGGCCCGCGAGUUCAUGACGCGCGACGCCAAGACCGGCCAGCUGCGCGACACGGGGGUCCGCUUCCAGGACAUCGCCGGCAUGCCUGGCCUGGUGUUUGAGAUGCGUGAGGUGGUGAAGAUGCUGCUGGGGGACGACGCCUACAAGAGGGUCGGGGCGAGGGUGCCCAGGGGCAUCAUCUUCCAGGGGCCGCCCGGCACCGGCAAGACGUACCUGGCGCGCGCCAUUGCGGGCGAGGCGGGCGUGACAUUCCUGUCCGCUGUGGGGUCGGAGUUUGUCGAGAUGUACGCGGGGGUGGCGGCGGCGCGCGUCAACAGCCUCUACCACUCCGCACGCAAGAAGGCCCCCUGCAUCAUCUUCAUCGACGAGAUCGACGCCAUCGGGCGCUCCCGCUCCACCCUCGGCGCGGACCCCGGCUCCAUGGAGCGCGAGAGCGCGCUGCUCGCCAUGCUGGUCGCCAUGGAUGGCAUCCACGGCAAUCUGGAGCAGGUCCUGACCAUCGGGGCCACCAACCUGGCCCAGGAGCUGGACCAGGCGCUGCUCAGGCCGGGGCGCUUCGAGGUGGUCUACGAGAUUCCCACCCCCGGGCCCACCGCGCGCAUGGAGAUCCUCAAGAUACACAGCAGGAACAAGCCGCUGGAGGGUGACGCCAUGCUGACGCGCGUGGCGGAGGUGACCCAGGGCUGGAGCGCCGCCGCCCUGGCCAACCUCAUGAACGAGGCCGCGAUCCUGACGGUGCGCCGCGGCGUCGAGAAGAUCACCCUGCCCAUGGUGCUGGAGGUCAUCGAGGCGCAGGAGUGGGGGCCGGGGGCGCCCAAGAUCCCGCCGUCCGAGGCCAAGGACAGGCUGGCUCUGGUGACUGCGGCCAAGGCUGUGGCACUGGCGCUGACGCCUGGGGUUGAGCCCAUCAAGUUCGUCACAAUGUGGAGCCGCAGGAAGGGCCAGGGCCCCUUUGUCGAGUUCAUCCAAAGCGAGGAGAGCCUGGACCCCAACUGGCACCCAGAGGAGAUUGAGGCGAUGGACUGGAAGACGAACUUCAAGGUCAACGCGGCCGUGGUGGGGGACGAGCCCCUAGGAGAGUGGUUCCACGUGGCCGGCCUCCUGCUGCCCCUCUACGCACCCCGCGCCUUUGAGACCGAUACCUGGGGCCCCGACGCCGCGUCACUUGCGACGGCGGCGCCCAUCGCGGACGCGUUUGAGCUGGCGUACUACUGCGUGCGCAACAGCCAGCUGCACCCGCGGUUCAGGUCGCUGCCGCCGCUGCACACGUACGUGUACCUGGGGGAGGACGCCAACUGGGUCAACCAGAGGGACUCCCUGGCGCCAGGGCUGGACGAGGAGCUCGGGUACCACAAGCUGACCCUCACGCUGCUCAAGGCUGCCUGGGAGCGCACCCGCAAGCUGGUGCAAGAGCGGCGCCCUGCCAUCGAGCUGGUGGCCAAGGAGAUGGUGGCGGCGCCAGACGAACGGCUGAGCGGGACGCGGCUGGUCGAGAUCAUUGAGACCACCCCCCUGGGCCCCUGUGACAUCAAUAUUGACAGCGACUUCAUGCCCAUCCUGUCAGAAGUCCUGGGCCGCCGCAUGCCAGAGGUCAUGGCUCGCGCGGAGGAGCUCACACGGCAGCAGCAGGAGCAGCAGCAGCACGAGGAGGGUCAGGCUGGUGCACGCGAGGCACAGGCGCCAGGAGAUGAGCAAUACCAGGAGGGGCAGGAGGAGGGUCCCUCCAGAGAGGCGCUCGAGGGGCAGGAGGGAGCGGCGGCUGCUCCUGCGGGGGAUCGCCUCAAGCUUGACGCCGCCACGCUGCGCCUGGUGUCCAAGGCUGUCAUGGGGCGGCUGGAUGUGGUGGACCUGGUGGGGCGCAACACAGCAGAGGAGCUGGCAGAGAGGGUGGUGGACACCCUGCUGCACCCCGAGACCGUCGAGCGCAUCCGCGCCGUGCGCCAGUUUGUGGAGGCGCCCUCGCUCGACCCCUCGGACUCCCCCUUCCCACCGGCGCCCCCCCUGGACGACGUUCCAGGGCCGCUGUACGGCGCACUGCACCUGAACCUCGACUGGUGGCGGCAGCGGCGCGUCGACGUGUUUGGCGGUGGCGCGGCGGAGCUGCUCAUGACAGAGCGGCAGCUGCAGUACUACCGGCGGGACAUGGACGUGUCGGCCUGGGAGGACACCGCAGAAGGCAUGAAGGCAGCGGCGGCUGCAAAACAGGACAAGGGGAAUGUCCAGCAGCAGCAGCAGGACCAGGAGCAGGAGCAGGAGCAGGAGCAGGAGCAGCGGCCGAGCCUAGAGGAGGGCACAUAG